UCAUGGAAUUCCCCCUCCUCCCCCGCUCCCAGGUCAUGGUCCGCCACCCCCUCCCCCUAUGCCAGGAUGUGGAGGGCUCAUACAGGCCCGGUCUUCGGCGUUCCUUACUGGAGCAGCCCCGCCUCCAAACCCGUUUGCCACUCUACCGAAGCCUAAAGCCAAGAUGAAGACGCUGAACUGGGCUAAGGUGCCAAACAGGACCAUUGGUAACUCUGUGUGGCAGGGCGUCACGCGUGCCUUCGUGGCACCGGUGGAGGUCGACUACGACAGCCUCGAGUCGUUGUUCUCGCAGCGCGUCACGCACCGCGCGUCCGCCCACGGGGGUGCCGAGAAGAAGAAGAAGACGCAUGAGGAGAUCACCCUUCUGGAUGGCAAGCGGUCGCUGAACAUAAACAUCUGUCUGAAGCAGUUGCGGAAGAGCAACGCGGAGAUUGUGGAGCUAAUCAAAAGGGGACGGGCGGCCGACAUCGGCGUGGAGCACCUGCGGGCCCUCAUGAGGAUCAUGCCGGAGGAGGGCGAGGUGGCCCUGGUGUGCGCCCACCCGGGCCCCCCGGAGCAGCUGGGCCAGGCCGAGCAGUACUACGUGGCGCUCUCCCAGGUACCCGCCUUCCAGUUGCGGGUAGAACUCAUGCUGCUGGACGCAGACUUUGCGCCGUCUAUGGAAAGCUUACGCCCACAGUUCAAAGCUUUAAUAACGUCUUGCGAGCAAAUCCUGACGUCUGACAGCCUCAAACAGUUUUUGAUACUCGUCCUUCAGGUUGGGAACUUCCUAAACUCGGGCAGCUACGCCGGCAACGCCAUGGGCUUCCGGCUAAGCACGCUUCCCAAGCUGAUCGAGACGCGGGCCAACAAGCCGCGUGUGACGCUGCUGCACUACAUCGUGGAGGUGGCUGAGACGCAGAACCCCGUGGCGCUCGAGUUCACCACCGAUUUCCAGCACAUUCAGGACGCGGCCAAGACCUCGCUGGACGUGCUGAUGGGUGACGUGAACGCCAAAGCGCAGAACGUGGCCCGGCUGAAGGCCCAGUGCGAGUCGGCUCCCCCCGAGGUGAAGAAACAGUUCAAAGAGUUUCUGUCGACGGCGGAGAGACAGGUGGGGGACUUGGCGAUCCAGAUGGCCGAGCUGGGCCGCUGCCAGACGCGCCUGGCGCAACACUUCUGCGAGGACGAGGACACCUUCACUGUCGAGAGCUGCCUGCGGCUGUUCGCCGGUCUCAUCCAGAAGAUCGAGUCCGUCCAGAAGGACAACGAGAAGCGGCGGCAGGAUGAGGAGCGCCAGAAACGGCGCGAGGAGGAGCGCCAGAAAGCGUCGGCGGCGGCGGCCGCGGCCGCGGCGGCGUCGGCGGCCGGCGUCGGCUCGUGGCGCGACGAGGCGGACGGCUGCGCCAGCCCCUCGUCCUCGUCCGAGUACGAGGACGGGCUCGUCGACUCGUUGCUGGCCGGCAUCCGGCGCGGCGAGUUCCGCUCGGUGCGCCGGCGCCGCGAACGGCCGGCCGCCGGAGCCGACAACGCCGCCGCCGCCGGCGCGCCGACGGCCGACCCGGCAGUCAAGACUGAGAAGCGCCGCCGUCACCGACGCCGCGAGCCCAUGUUCCUGCUGGGCCGGGAGCGGCCCAACGGUAACGAGCUCCGGUGACGGGGUGCGGGGCGCGCGGGCGGCGAGCGGGACCGGCCAGGGCAGGGUCACGACGGCCGUCGGGGAAAUCCUGGUUGUGCUGAAUCUGAGUUGAUUGAAGUCCGUCAGCAUGUGCGUAGUGCACCGAGACGAAAUGGAGAGCUUGGCCGUUCUUCGACCGCAGAGAUAUCGCUUCUAUCGUGCGCCUGAUGAGUCGUGUAUGUUGCAUCGGUUGAUGUCCCGAGUUCAGGGAGCUCGAAAGCUUCGUAAGGUGAAGGCAUCCUUUGAAGACAGUGCUGUGUACGGCAUAAUUUAGGGAUGGUUGCCUGACUUUGUAAAGGGUUCGUGACUUUGUUAACUAUUUACACUCAGCCAUGCUUGGCCAAGAGGAAGAUGAUGCGAGCAUGUUUAGCCAUCUCACGUUGUUUCAUCGUUCUGUCUUAUGUGACACAGCAUUCCGCUUACGAUUGCGCGGAAGGCUGUUCAGCUUCAUCCAUUGUCAGUUACCACGACGUACCUGUGGAUUUCAUCAAUAUACAUCAAACGCCCUUGUAUGUAAUGUCAAGUUACACCCGGAGCCUGGCAGCUGUGGCCAAGAAAUGAAACACAACAAUCUGUGAACACUUAGUUCCUUGCUGAAUGGUUCUCACAAGUAGAUAUAGCCUCCGGGUACUUGCUAAGCACGUGCGUACCGAGUACCAAACGUGCCGAACGCGUACCGCGUACCUGUACGUAUACGCUGAAACCUCUGCCCGAGGUUCACUUC